GCCGGGAAAUGGGCGCUGGAGCCCGGCCCGCGCUUCUUCUCUUGAUGCUGUUGCGUGCCGUGGCUCCGCAAGGGCGGCGACCGCGGUCGCACUCUCUUCGCUACCUCUUCAUGGGUGCCUCAGAGCCAGACCUUGGGCUGCCCCUGUUUGAGGCAUUGGGCUAUGUGGACGACAGGCUGUUUGUGUCCUAUGAUCAUGAGAGUCGCCAUGCCAACCUCCGCCCCCUGUGGGUUUGGAAUGGGGCUUCCAGCCAGCUGAGGUUGCAGCUGAGUCAGAACCUAAAAGGGUGGGACCACAUGUUCACCGUUGAUUUAUGGACCAUCAUGGACAACCACAACCACAGUACAGUAAUGAGGCUGGGUGUGCUGUCAGAGUCCCACACCCUGCAGGUGAUUCUGGGCUGCGAGGUGCAGGAAGACAACAGCACUUGGGGGUUCUGGAAGUACGGGUAUGAUGGACAGGACCACCUUGAAUUCUGCCCUGAGACGCUGGACUGGAGAGCAGCAGAGCCCGGGGCCCAGGCCACCAAGCUGGAGUGGGAAGUAAACAAGAUUCGGGCCAAGCAGAACAGGGCCUACCUCGAGAGGGACUGCCCCGAGCAGCUGCGUCAGUUGCUGGAACUAGGGAGAGGAGUUCUGGACCAGCAAGUGCCUCCUUCUUUGGUGAAGGUGACUCAUCACGUGACCUCUGAAGUGACCACUCUGCGGUGUCAGGCUCUGAACUUCUUACCGCAGAACAUCACCAUGAGGUGGUUGAAGGACAAGCAACCGCUGGAUGCUAAGGAGGUUGAGCCUAUGGAUAUGCUGCCCAACGGGGAUGGGACCUACCAGGGCUGGAUGGCUGUGGCCGUGCCUCCUGGGGAAGAGCAGAGAUAUACCUGCCAGGUGGAGCACCCAGGCCUGGACCAGCCCCUCACUGCCACCUGGGAACCUUCGUCUCCUGGCACCUUAGUCAUUGGAAUCAUCAGUGGAAUCGCUGUUUGUGUCAUCAUCUUCUUUAUCGGAAUUUUGUUCAAAAUCUUAAAGAAGAGACAUGUUUCCAGAAGAACCAUGGGGGACUAUGUCUUAGCUGAAGUGAACUUGACCCAAAUGAAGGGAAAACAGCAGAAAACAACCUACUGAUCCUCAGCUGCCAUAUUUCCUUAUGAUAUCCCUGUGGGAAGGAUCCUGGAAUAUGACACCCUUACUCCUCUGUUGUCAUCACUAGUAUCUUUUCAGUCCUUAGGCCAGGGCUGUGACUGGUGAUGUUAGCUAAUGACUGUAUUUGGCCUCACAGUGUCCUCCCUUGGCCAGUGCCUCUGGAGUCAGAACACUGACGGCAUUUUCCUGAAUGAGCUGGAGCACUCUCUCUCAUAUUAAAGACUGUAAAACAGAUGGCACCAAGUGGCCUGGAGGAUGCCCCAGGCAUCUUCUUAGGAUUGCUGGAGUUUCAGUUCUCAUCCCCAGCUAUGCACAUUUUUUAAAAAAUUAAUCUAGCCAAGCCACUCAAGAAUUCCUAGAUUCUAGAAGAGUAAAUUGGCUGACCAUGUUCAAAGAAUCUUAAUAUAUACAUCUAGGUGUCAUGUGUUUACUAGGCAGCUAUAUAUAUUAGGCUGCAUAACAGUGGUACAAAACAUUCUGUCUUGGAGGCCAGGUACCUCAGGAGACCAAAUACAUCUCAGAAGGUUGUUUCGUAGUGUUAUGGAUUGAAUUGUGUCCCCCACCCCAAAAGAUAUGUUGAGGUCCUAACCCCUAUACCUGUGAAUGUGAGCCUGUUUGGAAAUAGUCUUUGAAGAUGUUGUCAGUUAACAUGAGGUCAUACUGAAGUAAGAUGGGUCCUAAUCCUAUGUGACUGGUGUCCUUAUAAAAGAGGAAAAGAUACGUAGAGACAAGGUGGCAGAGAAAAGACACCAGCUGCAAGCCAAGGAAUGCCUGGAACUACCAGAAGCUAGGAGAGAGGCAUGGAACAGAUUUUCUCUCAAAGGCUCAGAAGGAAUCAAUAUGGCUGACACCCUGGUCUUGGACUCCUAGCCUCCAGAACUGUGAGACAAAAACGUCUGUUCUUACAGGCCACCCAAUUUGUGAUAUUUUGUUAUAGUAGCCCUAGGAAACCAAUACAGAAAGACAUUAAAUUUGAGCAAAAAGAUCUCAACUAUUUUUUUAAACUUUUCCUUUUUUUCUGACUGUGCAGAUUAUGUGAAAAAAGUAAUUUGUGUGCAUUGUAGAAAAUUUGAAAAAUUAAUAAAAGAAAGUACAUCUAUUAUACUGACAAAUUCUAUUAACAUUUUAUAUUUCCUAUAACCUCAGUCCUUGCACUUUUUCUCUAUGAUGUUUGGCAUCCCUUCCUAGCUAAAUUUCCUUCUCUUAUAAGAUAUGUGCUUGUGGUGGGGAGCAAGUAGUGAGGGACAGGAACCUAAAAAUUCUCAGUUUGGGGCCUGAAGAGUAUAACUGCUUCAUUAUUUCAGAUGUGUCACAGACCAUAUGCCAUCUACAACUUACCUGCCCUCUUUCAAGUCUUUUGAUGUAUUAAAACAUAGAAAAUUAACAAAUACAUAUAUAUUAAUAAAUGUACACUUGUGUACUGCAUGACCUUACUGAUGUUGUACUUGUCCAUCUUACAUAUAUAUUUACUCAUUACCUCAGUUUUAGGACAUGCAUACUGCUAUUAUUUUACAUUUUGUUUUGUGGAAUAUUUUUAUUAAAUUGUAGUAACUGAAUUAAUUGUUUUUCUUUGCUCUAGAAACAUUAUUAUCUAAGUUGUAACACACUAGUCAUUUUUACCCCCAAACUAAGCUGGAAACACACUGACCAAUUCUUUAUCUCUAAAUAUUAUCCUAUCUAUACUCAAAGCAGACUACCAAAAAUCUUACCUUAUUCUCCUACCUGGUGAAAGAAAAGCAACAAAUUAGGCAGUGGUUUGUUGUUUGUUGGUUUUAUUUCACAAAGACAAGUUUCAGAAAACACCCUAGUCUUCAUUAAAAAAAAAAAAAAAAAA